CGGUAGAGUCCGGAAGACUCUACCGGGAAGGGGCUCAAACUGCGCAGCCAAUCGGGGCGACACUUUCGUCUUACCGGGGGACUCGUGGGUAACUUGCUCUUGGGAACCGGCACCAUGGCGUCUGGCUGCAAGAUUGGCCCGUCCAUCCUUAACAGCGAUUUGGCCAAUUUAGGGGCUGAGUGCCUCCGGAUGCUGGACUCUGGGGCCGAUUAUUUGCACCUGGAUGUAAUGGACGGGCAUUUUGUUCCCAACAUCACCUUUGGGCACCCUGUGGUAGAAAGCCUCCGAAAGCAGCUAGGCCAGGACCCUUUCUUUGAUAUGCACAUGAUGGUGUCCAGGCCGGAACAGUGGGUAAAACCAAUGGCUGUAGCAGGAGCCAAUCAAUACACCUUUCAUCUUGAGGCUACCGAGAACCCAGGGGCUUUGAUUAAAGACAUUCGGGAGAAUGGGAUGAAGGUUGGCCUUGCCAUCAAACCGGGAACUACAGUUGAGUAUUUGGCACCAUGGGCUAAUCAGAUAGAUAUGGCCUUGGUUAUGACAGUGGAACCUGGGUUUGGAGGGCAGAAAUUCAUGGAAGAUAUGAUGCCAAAGGUUCAUUGGUUGAGGACUCAGUUCCCAUCCUUGGACAUAGAAGUCGAUGGUGGAGUAGGUCCGGAUACCAUCCAUAAAUGUGCAGAGGCAGGAGCUAACAUGAUUGUGUCUGGCAGUGCCAUUAUGAGGAGUGAUGACCCCAGAUCUGUGAUCAACCUGUUAAGAAAUGUUUGCUCAGAAGCUGCUCAGAAACGUUCUCUUGAUCGAUGAAACCACAAGGAGUUGAUGCUCAUGAAAUCUUUUUACUGGAUGACAAGAAUAUUGACUAUCAAAUCCUAUCACAGUUGGAUAAAAAAAGCAGUGCUGUUUUUCUGAGCAGCUAUUCAUUCCAGGGACUAAAAUCUAUUCUGCAGAAUGUUCCAAGAGGUUAGAAAUUGGUGUGUAUAAGUACAGUUUUAGUGAUGGAAUUUAAAGAUUAGUGUGGUAAAAUACCAUUUUUACUGGGAGACUUGAUUUUUAUAAAGUAAAAAUAUGGCUGUAUUAAGGUUAUAAACAAAAAUGUGUCUUAAAGCCUAAUGAAGGUGUACUAGUUACUAUGAAAAAAUUUUUUCUGCAAUUUAAAUCUUCUCGUUUCUUGGUUUUCCAAAGCAAAGGAAGUCCUUAUUCCUGUUCCGUAUGUCAUUUUUGAUUUGUGUGUGCACAUGACAAUAUGAGAAGAAUGAACUUGUGAAAAAUCGAAGUUUGAAUAGGGCUAGGAUGGCACACUGUAUUCUUGCUUCUUAAACAUCUAUUUUUUACUUUGCACCUUAUAUUUGAUACAUAAAAACUGUAAAAACAGUGGAUGAAGCCCAGGGAUUUCAGGUGGUCUGUUCUAAAGUACAAGUAUAGAUUUUUAUCGAGGUGUUUUCUUUGUCAGCUCUGCUGGAGGGGCAGGUUAUACAGUGAUCCCCACCUGUCCCUUUUCUUACUCACCAUUCUUAAGAACAUGAAAUAAUACUGUGCUAGCUCUGAGCAGAGAGGAAAGGAAACAAACUCAAUUGAGUUGAAUCUGGACUCUUCUCCUUUCCAUCUAUUUGACUUUAGCAAAUCAAAUCAACCAGUGUCUUUGCAUAUCUGUUAACUGAUUUAUACAUUGAAUAUAAUUAUAAUAACCAUGCAGGGUUAUGUUGAGCAUUAAGAGAGAUCAUACAUUAUAUGUAAAGCUUUCACUACUAUUCCCAGAUUUAUAGGAUAGUAGAGAAUUGAGGAUGCUCAAUACAAAGGUGCUGUCAUUUAUGUUUUGUAGCCUAUAAAGUACUUCAAUAUAAGCUCAUUAAAUCCACAAAUCACUCUUAACGAGUGGUAGGACAGGUACUUUUGUCCCCAUUUAAAAAAUGAAGAUACUAAAGCUCAGCAACAGGCUGGUACCGUGGAAAGAACCCAGUAGGGCACAGGAGUUCUGAUUUGUACUCUUUUUACAAAUGGAGCCCUUGGAAGGUAGAUUAGGCAAAGGAAGCCUCUUGUAUAUAACACUGUCUUAUUUGCAAUCUAAUUUUACCAUGUAGCAGAACCAGAUGGCUGAGGAUAUUCUGGAUACUAUGGAUUUGACCCCAAGGAUAUAUAUUAUAUUAAUCCAGCAAAGACCAGGUAGGCCAAAAAGAUGACAAGGUACAGAGUUAAUCUGUAAACUAAAUAUUUAAAACUGUGUCCCAAAUUAUACUUUGACAAUACAUAUCCGCUGUUUCAUUCUUGCCAGUACUCUUGCUACAUAAUACAUAUGGCAAGAAAUAAACAGGAGACCAGUGUCAUUAAGCUUCUUUAGGCUACUAUGAGUUUUGAGAAAUAGGUUUGAAAAAUAAGAACAUUAACACUUCCGCAUAGACUAGAGCUUGCUUGGUUUUUUUCUAUCCUAUAAUGUAAAAAUCUGUCGGUUUUUAUUUUGACUUAGGAAACGUUUGUGCCAUCAAUAGGUGGUGUUUAAUCAGAUCAGACAACACAAGGCAUAUAGAAAUAACUUUAAUUAAAAAACUUACAUAGAAGAUUAUAAUGUCAGACAUGACAGAAAGAUUUGAGCUUAUUUGCCUAGACAACUUGGGUUUGUCCGGCUUUUUUCUUUUUUAAAAAUAAAUGUACAGUAAAACUACAAGCAAAAAUUUGUCAGUAUUGAAUUUGAAUUUUUUCCUUCCUUAAAAGGGAUUAGUAUAAUUUCCAAUCCCUAACAAAAAACUUAGUGUCAAAUCCCCCCAGACUAGGCCAGAUGGCCAGGAUUGUCAGUUAUAUGGGUACUAUAACUUGAAUAACCUUUUUUUUUUUUUUUUUAACAUGAGAGUUGUCCUCAACUUUUACAUUGAAAAAGUUACGUGAUAAUAGCUUCAAAAGGAAUUUUCCUUAAUGUACACUCCUGUAUUCAGUAUUCAAGCAUUACCCUUUGAAAAAUUUUAAUUCUCACUCUAGAAUACAAGUAAGAAUAGAUGCUUAUUUGAAUAGAGUGAGCUAUAGUAAGGAAUGACCAAAUUCAUUAGAAAUACAACAUUUUUUAUACUGAUAGUACUUUCCUGUUGCUUAUUUUAAGUUGGUGUCUUCUCUUCACGAGAUACAUAAAAUAAAGUUCAAUUUUAAAAGAGACCAAUAUUUAACUCUACUAAGCUUGUCGUAAUCUGUUAGGAGUGAAUGGAAAGUAACCUGUGUUUAGUCUAACAGAUAAUGGUGAUUUUAAAUAAAGGCGUAUUGUGUUAUCUGGUAUAGAAAUUUCCAUAAAUAACUUCUAUUGGUUAAACAUGUUUUUUAAAAAAUCCCCUCCCCAUCAUCAAGACUUUUAGAUAUCCAUUAUCACUGGAACCUGUGCUUUGUUUUAGAGUGCAGCUUAAACUUCAUGGGGUAGUUCAUACAUGCAUUUUCAAGUGGAGUGGCCACUGCCAGUGUUUUUUAAAACGAUGUGUGUGUAUACGUAUGUAUACUUUGUACACACAUACUUGUAUAUUCAAAUAUACUUCUGAGGCAAUUUUAAUGAAUUACCAUAGAAAUUACAUAGAAAUGUAUAGGAAAAAGAGCUGUCAUUUGAUGCACAGGUAUAUUUGUAUAUAUAUAUAUGUAUGUGUGGGUAUAACAUCUUUCAAAAACCAUUUACCCAGUAAUGUGAUUUAACAUCAGAUUGCAGCAGUUAAUUUUUUGGUGCUUGUGAUUUGCAUCAUAAACACAAAAGACUAGCACUUGUCUGUAGGUGAAAAGCUAGUUAUUCCUGUGGUUCAGGAAGGAAAAAGAGACCUACCUUGCCUGUUUUAUAACAGCAUAAAAGAUUAAUACAUGCAGUACAUGCUCUUACUCUGGAAUUGUGACUGAAGGGGGUGGGGGAUGGAGAACAGGGCUUAUUUUUUUUCUCCUGUCUUCCAUUCACUUACAUACUUUUCUUAACCUGUUCCCUGUCACCUAUUUUUUUUAACAUGAGUAAGUCCUAGACCAAAAGGUUUGUACUCUUCCAUUUCGUCUGCCUGCCUUUUCGGAUGGUGACCGUUCUCUGGUGCACUGGUACAGAAGAUUUCACCACAGGAGGCUGGGCUCGAACUUUCACUGUGAUCCUUUUUUUCAUCCUGGCAUAGUAAGGCUUCUGUGUCUUCAUUCUUCAGCGGAAAAGCCCGUCGUUCCCACCACAAAGACUGGAAGAGAGAACAUCUUCAGUUAAGUUUCAACUAAUUUGUUUAAAUUCAUGUAUCAGAUAAUCCUUUAAUGUCAGUUUUGUAAUUACUGUUUGUUCUCUAGUGCAUAAAUGUACAAACUUUCAUUUCGACCUGAGUAUCUAGCAACUCAAAUGGGACGUUACUGGGAAUUGUUGAGAGCCAUUUCCCUUGCCCUUCAACAAAGAGGAGACGCUGCUGUUGGGCAUCAGCCUUCAUUUUGGGCAUCGGAGCACGCUCGGAAAGUCCCUUUCAAAGUGUUUUGAUCUCCUCCUACUUCAGUGUCUUCAUUUCAGCCCAUAAUUACUACAGACAUCUACUGACUUUUCCUUCCCCACGCUUUCUACGACUUGGCGAUUAAUUUCUAUAGUUUCUGCUCUCCACUCUAGAUCUCGUUCUUUUCCGCCACCUGCUUAUGAAGAACAGUGCAAAAAUGUAUAGAUGCUGUUAGAAAACACUCCCCUUGAGGUAACAACUGGAUCUAUGGGGAGACAGGUAAAAAUCUCUUGGAAAAAGAAAUAGCAGCUAACAUUUACUGUGUGCCAGGUGCUGUUCUCUCUAAUCAGAUUGGUUUUGUAAUGAAACUUGGAUAGAAUCCCCAUUUCCUAACAGAGGAGUGAGUAGGUGAAACUAGAUACUGAGAUGUUACAUGAAAAGAUAAAGUGUUUAUUAGUGAUAGAAACUAGGAAUGCUGGAAUACAUACCCUCUCUGAUUUGUACCCAGCAUUUUACACUGAUUUGUUAAGUAAUGAUGAAUCCUUAAUUUGCCCUUUCUUAACUUCUUUUUUAACAAGCACUUUCUACACAUAGGCUUUUAAAAGGUUAAAAAGGCAUUUAAAAGGAGGUUUAACUAGUUGUAUAUAUUCCACUUACCUUGGUUUCUUGACUUUCAUUUAGUGAAGGUGAGCUCUGUGCACUCAGAUCCUGGCUUUCUGAAGGAAGCUCAGCAGGACUUUCAGCAGCACAGUGCUGACCACCACCGAAGUCAUUAGGGUAUUCUUUCAAAAGCAAGUCCUGUCCUUCAACAUUUUUACUGUAGGCUCUAGCAAGAAAAUCAAGAAAAUAGUUAAUUGUUGCUUCUUCAGUUCUUAACAUUUUAUGAACAACCCCAAGUUAUCACUAAGUCUAUUUAACUUGGUAGCUUGAAACAGUCCUGCCCAGAUUUUAAAAAAUUCAUCUGCUGAUCUUCCUGUUAUCUCAAAGAUUUAAACAGUAUUUUAGAAAUAAUAUUUUUUGAAUUUGCCAAAUUAUAAUAGUGGAUUUGAGUUUUGGUGGGGUUUGUUAUUACUGUUAUUUUGUUUUUAAAUGAGAAAGGACAGUUACUUGAUCUCUACAGUCUUUCUGAGUUCCCAGAGUAUUCUAUAUUAUGAUGUCAUCCAAGUAGGACUCAAUUCACAUUUUCCUCUUUACUUCUGGAAAGUUCUAUCUCUGGAAUGUGGAGAAAGAUGAGAAAUGAGUCUCAUGUGUGUUAAGACAGCUCUUGGAAUAAGGAUCUAGAACAAAUCUGGGUAUUUUGAGACCUAAACAGAGAAAUGAGUUUUAAAAAUACAGCUGAAGGGGUGUCUGGCUGGCUUAAUGGGUAUUGCCUGCAACUCUUGAUCUCUGGGUUGUGAGUUCUAGCCCCACGUUGGAUGUGGGGUGAAUACUUAAAAGUAAAAUCUUAAAAAAAAAAAAAAAAAAAUGCAAAAAAAAUACAGCUGACCCUUAAAAUAACACAGGGGUUAGCACCAAAUCCCCUAUGCAGUCAAAAAUUCGCAUGUAACUUUAGACUCCCCCAAAAACUUACUUAACUACUAAUAGCCUACUGUUCACCAGGAAGCCUUACCGAUAAUAUAAACAAUCGAUUCACACAUUUUGUAUAUGUAUUAUAUACUGUAUUCUUAGAAUAAAGUAAGCUAGGAAAAAGGAAAUGUUAUUAAAACCGUAAGAGAAAAUACAUUUAUAGGACUGUCCUGUAAAAAUUCUCUGUAUAAGUGGACCCAUAUAGUUCAAAUCUGUGUUCAAGGUCAGCUUACUAAGCAAAUGAGAGAUGCCCCCACAUUAAAUCUAGCGGACUACCAGACUUGAACACGAUCUUGCUUUGUGAGUUCUGGCUAUAUUAAAACACAAUCCAUUGUAAAUAUAAAAUACCAUGGACUUUCUCAAAUAUAUAAUUACUAAUUAUGUUUUUAGGAUUUAAUUUCCUUUCCCCCAAAGUCAUAUUUUUGAAGUAUUUUAGACCAUCUGCUUUUUAGACUAGACAGGUUUCUUGAGCAAAAUUUUUUUAAGAACAACAUGUUUUUUAAGUGGUUCUGUUAAAAUAGAUCACCCGGAUUCUAAUUCCUAGCAUUAGGGCUGCUGUUAAAGUGUACUGAAAUGGCCUACAUUUUCACAUCAUUUGCUGAGUUAAAUCUAUUCCUCAGAUUGACAGUAAGCAAUAGGAAGUAGUGGAGAAAAAUAGAGAAAUGCAUUUCAUCAGUCAUAGACAAAAUCUAUUUGGAAUGUACUCAAUAAAUGCCAUGUUUCACUUCUAGUGCACAAAUAACUGAUGUUCUGUAGUACAUUUUCUUCCUUUUUAGGGGUCUCUCUCAUUACUCAUGCAGAAUUUUUGUUGAUUCUUCAUGGAUUUCAUGGUUUGGGCUUUUAAAUUGUUAACACCUGCCUGCUGUUUCUUCUGUGCCACUUGCUUUGCUCCCAUAGUGACCAUCUGGCUUGCUCUCUCUCUUCAUAUUUUUUGUGUCUUAGGGAGAAGACUUCAUCAGAAAGAUCUUCUACCUGGAAUUAGAAAUAAAGUUUUUCUUUUAUCAGAAACAUUUUGAAAUAUGAGAACAGGUGUCAAACAAUUCCUCAUCAAGAGAAUAUAGGAAGAAAAUUCUAAAAUAAAUCUAAAUUGAGAGAACAAGUAUUAUGAGAUGAGCUUCAAAUUCCAAAAUAGAGGGAUUAACUUUUUUUUUUCUUCCCUCUUUUACAACUUUUUUCCUAUUGGGUCAUAUUUGAAGACUUACCUAUAUUACAGAUAGGUUCACAGUGCUUUGCAUAAAAAAUUCUCUUAAUGCUUAAUUCAUUCAAAGAUUUAUAUUGAUUGCCCUUUACUGUUCUAGGAAUGUUAAUAUCAAAGCAAAGUGAAACUGAGAAAAAUGAAAAUUAACUAAUGACUUAAUCUGGAGUUCUAAGACUUUGGUGGUACUGGUUUAAGAAUUUGGGUUUCCUGGCUAGGAUCAUUCUAAACUAGGGAAAAGCACAUUAAAAGAGGGGAGGGCAUUAAAAAGUUAAUUUUGAUAGUUGAAAAACAGUGGGCCUAGAAAGAUUAUGACACAAAAUGUCUUACAUAAUAGUGCUUCUACAGAACAUCACUUUCAAAUUAGUUUGGUUAUAUAGUAUUUUUCCCUGAAAUUGUUCUUGUCUUAAUGUAAGUUUUACCCAUACAGGCUCAUAGUCCCUUUCCUGCAUUCUAAAACUCUGAAACAACAAGUGUUCUUAAUUCAUUCAGUGACAUAGCCUGAUGGCCAAAUUCUAGAACUGUUUUCUAUAGAAACAUUAAUAUUUGAUUAUGAGAACUAUCCUAGACUCCCUCUAUGUCUUAUGUGAUGGACCCAUCACAUUCACAUUACUUUCUCAAGUCCAAAGGUUUCCCAAUUCAAAAGCCGUUUGUUCCCAACGUUUUGAAUGUGGCACUGUAGACUUGAAUAUUAAAACUAAAUCUCUUCAUGCAGAAAAACAUGACUAAUACUGGGAAUGAAUAUAGAUACUCAUGUAAAUUCAGUAUUUCAACAAUUCAUGUAAGCAAAAGAUUUGUAUUUUCUUUAUUACAUUUCUUUAUAGAUUACUGUCUUUGCAAAUUUGCACAAAAACAUUUUUCUAAUGAAACUAAUAUCCUUAAUGAAGAAUUUUGUUUUCAUAAGUGAAAAGAAAAAAAUCAGUGCAUGUUAAGGGGCUUAUGUUUCCCUUUAGUUCCUCAAACACCAAAUUAAGCGGGCUUCAUAAUAUAUAAAGUGCAAUUGUCCAUAAGUGAAAGGCAACUUACCUCCUCUUCACCUACAUGAUAUUCAUCCAAAGGCUGAAGAACAGCCAUCCUCCAGCUGUUGAAGAUACAAACCAAUUUCAGCUUUUAACUAAGUGUAGCAAUUUUAUUCUCUAAGCACACACAGCUAAUGCAGUAAUGUUUUCUUUCCUUGGGGCUUCCAUUAAUUCAAAUGGUUGUAUUUUCAUACUUCUUUUUAAAACAGAACAAUUUGUGUUAUGAAAAAAAGACGAGAAGGUGAGACUUUACUUUUGGCCUUAGAGUAAACGGUCUCCUCUGCAUAGCUGCAUUCUGUACCUAAGAAUGUACCAAUUUUGAAUUAAGUCAGUAGAUGCUGAUAAAAUGGCUUGGCAGGGAGGGAGGGGGGAGAGCAUGGCCUCUCAGGUUUAACUACUGGAUCACAGAAUUCCUCUGUAUUUAAACAACCAACCCAACCAGCCAGCUCCAGCCUUCCAAAGUAGAUUGAAAAACAUCAUUGCUGCAGAACAUCGUAAGCACAAAUGUUACUCCUUACUUUUAUGUAGAAGAUCUCAAUAGAUUCUCUGUAGGAUUUCUCAUAAUACCUCCUACAGUAUUAAGAGUUCUUAAUACCUCAAAGUAAUUAGAAAUAAGAUUUGAAAUCAGAAUAGAGAUGGGUAGGAAUUACUGUAGUUGUCACUGAGCUUUUAUCUGUUUCCAACCUCUUCUACCUACUUCCUGGUACCAGAUUCACGUUCUUAAAAAAAUGUUUUUCAUCGUUGCUUAAAAAAACAAAAACUUUGAAUAACUUCACUGCCAGUAGGAAGCAGAUCUCUGUAUGGCAUUCUGGGACCUCUAGAAUCUGGUUCUAAUUCCUUUUCUAGCCAUAACUUUAUCACCCUACACAAAAAUCUCUCUCAGGCGUAGCGUGUGCCUUUGUUGUGGUUUCCCCUGUGUGAAUAAACUGUUCUUUCUCCCUCCUUCAUGAGGUCUUCCCACAUCUCCCUACUAAUCUAUUUAUUGCUGACUUGGCAACAACACAUCAAAUUCUUAUUUUUGUUGUUACAAGUGUUACGGUCUUAUAAUGUGACUAUUCCUUGCAAAGGUAGUUGCUUUCUUUGAACACUUUGCAGCCUUGUGCAAAACUCCAUUUUAAAGAGCAAGGAUUAUUUGUUACUGAUUUACAUCCCUAAGUACCUUUUUGUGCUCUCUCUCUCUCUCUCUCUCUCUAUAUAUAUAUCCAUACACACAUAAGAGAUAACUAAAUAUCACUGUAUAAAAGACUAAGAUUGCAGAGUAAGUCAGUUUUAGGAAUUCUCAGUUCGUAGUAAAAGUUGACAACUAAAGUGAUAAUAUAUGGCACUUUUUUUCAGCAUGAGUAAGGUUUCUUUCACCAUUUUUCCUCCAUGGAGUGGAAGAAGGGAGAGAGGAGCAUCUUCCUUUAAUUAAUUAAAAUUUUAACUUCACUCUGAAAAUUUAAGUUUCUUCAAGAAAAAGAAGGAAGAGCAAAUAAAAAGAUGUAAGUAUACAUACCUUGGAGUAAGUAUUUCCUUAUAUUGGAGUUUCUCUAACUUAGCUGGGGCAACUAAUGACAUGGGAAUCACAAUAUUAUCUAUGUCAUAAGAGCUCUCACUUCUCAGUCUCCGUCGUGCAGUAUUCUGCAAAGGAGGAUCAUAGCAGUUUUACCACAAUAUCUAGUUACCUGCGAUGCUGCCCUCCUCUCCUGAGGCCUACUCUACAUGUUUUAUAACUAUGUUGUGAUAGGCCUGACCAUAAAAUGUUAGGAAAUAACAGGAAAGCUGCCUAUCUCCUGUAAAACAACACAACCCCUUCUAGCAGGUAUGCAGUAUACAUUUCUGUGUGCAUACCUAUAAGCCUAUUUUUAAGACCAUAAAAAACAUGAAUGCCUUAAGUUGCAAAACUCUUACCAAAGGUUACCAUAAAGCACCCUAAAUGUCAAGAAAAUGAUCAUUUAACAAACACACUUCCUUAUUAGGAAAGACUAUGAAAAUAUUUGGUGUGACAUUUAGUAAAGAUCAUUUUUAUACUCUUCAUUUAUGUGUUCCUGGUCCCUGAGCUUUACAGUUUUUUCUAAACCCUUUUACCUUUUAACCUCUCUUCUCUGGCCAGAUGACAAAAUAGUAAGAACAACACGAGUGCUGGAUUCUUAUUAAGCUUCCUGGUAAGGAGUAGGAAUGGUUAUGAUAGUUUUUCACACAGAGAAAAAAAAAGCCAUAAUCAAAGGAUUACUGAGUUAUUAGCUCACUAGUAAAAAAAGUUUAGUCAGAUUUAUUGAUACCUAAUAAGAUACUACUAAAUAAGCCAGUAUGUGCUGGUAAAGUAAGGCUGUUUAUAGAUUUUGCAAGUUUUUUUAUCAGCCAGUUUUAAGUCUAUAAAGCAAUUUUAGAGUUCAGUAUGCAAAAAAACCUACUUGUGAUGAUGAAUUCUGGGUUCUUGAUACAACAUUGACAUUAGUAACAGCAGUAAAAUUGCUAUGGGAUCCUGGUUCUGUGCGUUGAAAAGCAAAUUCUUCAAAUCUAGUUCUUUCUCCUGCCAUGGAAAGAACCGUUGAGAAUGUCAUACAUCAAACAGGACUGAUAGGUAUUAAAGUUACUUUCCUACUUAGGUAACAUGAUUCCCUAUCUGUUUAAUUUUUUUCUUUUUAAAAUUUAUGUAUCAAAAAAUUAAGGAAAUUAAAAGAAAAUCUUACCCAUAGUUCUGUCACAAUUAUUUCCAUUUUCAGGGGUCCUGGCAAGUUUUUAUACAGUACAUCUCAUCCCCUCUCUUUACUCUGUUCAUGUUUUAUUUGGAUGUUAACCUCCAAAGACUUAAUCCCCUUAAUUUUCUCUAUUUUCUCAUUUUCUUAUAUCUUUGACUUUUUGUUCUAAUUUCUGGGAGAUUUCCUUAACUUGAUCUUCUGACCCAUUCUACUUAAGACUUUUUCUACUAAGUCAUUGGUCUGUCACUCAUUUAUACUAUCCUAUUCUUAUUUCAUGGAUGGAAUUUCUCUUUUUCUCUCAAGAUCUUGAUUAGAACUUUGCUACUAUUCUUGGUAUUUUCUGUGUUUCUUCCAUGUUUCCUUUUUCCAUUUGUUUUGAUUCCCUAUUUGUGAAUAUAUAUUUAUUCACUUAUUUACCACUCUUAUUUUACUUCUGAUCUUAGAAAGUAUUUUCCUGUGUAGUGUAAAAUCUAAUACCCAGUCCAUAUUUACAUUUUUCUAGUUGUUAAAAAAUGUCCUUUAUGGUUAGUAGUUUCUUCAAAUCAGGAUCCAUAUACUGAAACUGGUUAUUGUCUUUUAGGUUUCUUGCAGUCUGGAAGUUUGUUUUUCAUGACAUAUGUUAAGGUGUUCUGCACUCUAGGGAGCUAUCUAGUUACUUCUCUGUAGUAUAGGAUCUUGUUCUCUUUCUGUAUUUCUGUCAAACUUGAAGUUCGAUCAAUUCAAGUGAAACAUUUUGUAUCUUAGGUAAUGUGAAUUUCAUAAUGGAUCUUAUUAAGAGAUACAAGUUUUCCUGUGUGUUGAUAGACAAUCCUCAACUUACAAUGGUUCAACUUGGGAUUUUUCAACUUUAUGAUGGCCCAAAAGUGACAGGCAUUUAGUAGAAAUCGUACCUUGAGUUUUGGCCUUUUUCUGGGCUAGCAGUAUGCAGUAGGAUACUCGUGUUGGGCAGCAGCAACAAGCCACAGCUCCCAGUCAACCAUGUGAUCGCAAAGAUAAACAAUCGAUACACUUAACAACCAUUUUCUACCCAUACAACCAUUCUAUACUGUUUCAGUACAGUAUUCAAUAAAUUACAUGAGACAUUCAACACUUUAUUUUAAAAUAGGCUUUGUGUUAGAUGAUUUUGCCCAGCUUAGGUUAAUAUAAGUGUUCCUAGCACAUUUGAGGCUAAGCUGUGGGGUUUGGUAGGUUAGCGUAUUAAAUACUUUUUUGACUCAAGAUUAUCAUGGGUUUAUUGGGAUGUCACCCUGUCGUAAGUUAAGAGAGGAAGAUCUGUGUGUGUAUGUAAGUUCUUCAAAAGCUAAGGUGACUCUUGGUUAUCUUUAAGAUUGAGGUACUAAAAAGCACAAUUAUAUCUCUGGUGGUGGCUAGGAGUUUAAUUUUGUGCCACACUAGCUCAUCAGGUAGUGAUGAUCAGGUAGUGAGUUGGGCUGAUAUGGUGGCAUUUCUAGAGAGAGUAGUGAUAAACGUGUUAAAUCCAUUAAGUAUAAUUACAGUCCAAUACAUCUUGAAUGUUUUAAAUUAUUGGGUAUAUUGACAUAAUACAUCUGGGGAAUAAUUGACUAAUGUAAAUAGUGUUCUGUCCACUGGAACAAUGAACAAGAACCAAAACAUAAACAAUUUGCCAUUUAAAAUGCAUAUUUUCUGGUAAGUUUUUUAAUCGUUAUUUGCAAUAACUCUGGAAACCGAUAGUCCCAAAUCCCCACAACAAACCCCACUUUGUAUUACUAGAAGAGUUCUAGUUUCAAAGAUGUCUGUUGAUCAUCUUGGAACUUUAAGUUCCUAAGGGAAAUUGAACUAGUUGGUUGAGUUACGUUAGGUGAAUCUCAUCCAAUUUCUCAAAAUUCUAAGGAAGCUUCACUGAACUGACACCUCCACGUAAGUACCAGAAAUGGUUGUAAGGCACCUCUAUAUGGGCAUAUUUUGAGUCCAGAACACAGCAUUGGCUUAAGUUCUGUCCAGGAGGACAGUCCAUAGAAGAUAACUGAAGUUAGGGAAUAUAAGAAGGAAAUCUUUAAUUGCCAUCAAGCAGAUGGAUGCCCAGUCCACAAACAGUCCUGAAUUGACUACGUGAAUAUGCUGUUUAACAUUCAUAGGACCAUGGAUAUUUUGUAUAAUAGGGACUAUUCUGGAUUAUAAAUUUCCAUGAAGCAGAGGUUCUUUGAAGAUCAGUUUAUUUUCACUUUUUAGUACUAGUGCUCAUAUGCUCAUUUAACCUACCUAAUGCUGUUUCACUCAAGUGUCUUUUCUUUCUUCCCUGGAACAGCUGUGCAGAAGAUUCUGACCUUAUUUGAGGCUUGCAUGUAGGAGAAUAUCCAUUUCUCCACUGAUUCAGAGAAGUAUUAUGUACUAAAACAAAUAGAAAGGAAAUGUGAAGUUUUCCUUAACACAUAAUGAACAUGUUAAUUUGUUUUUACUUACAACAUUGCAGAACAUUAAUUCACCAGUUCAAAAUUACAUACAAUGAGAGAAAUACUUACAUAUCAAAAUGGAAUGCUCCUAAACUGAAAAUACCCCAAUAAGAUUCCUUAAAAACAUCUUCAAGAAGUGCCCAUUUUCCUAUAGUUGCUCCAUUACUUGAAGGGGAUGAAAAGAAAAGGUUACCUGUUCUCAAAGUCUUCUAAAUUACAAAAUCUUAGGAAGUUGUUUCAGGUUUGUAAAUCUUGGCUGAAUAUGAUCUGAAUCCCUAAGUUAGCUCCCCACUCGCCCUUAAAUCUGAAAGUAAUUCAGGAUCAAGUAAGAGUCUAUAAAAUCACAAUAGGGACUUCUUGAGAGCAAGAACCAGAUUUCAUCAAACUGACAGUACCCAGCACCAUUCUUACACUUUAAAAGCACUGAAUUCUCUCAAACUUUUAGGUCACUUAGUAUCUCUGCCUCAGUUGCCUCAUCUGUAAAACGGAUAAGAGCAGCUAUCAUGGGCUUAUGAGGAUUAAAUGAGUUCAUCCCUGUAAUAGUCAUUAGAAGGAUAUCUGACAUAAGUAUUCAAUAAAUUAGUUUCAUCAUGAUUAUUAUUGACUAUCUGAACCCCGUAUUUCCAGUACUGGCUUAGUAACCAAAUUGGCUUCUUUUUUGAAGGGUUUGGAGAUGAAAAAGAAAUGUAGGCUGAAGUGCCAAUUUCUCACCAACACUGAGGGGGAAAAAAAGGAUGGUCUACUAACAGUAACUGGGAUUCUGAUUUCAAGAUGACAAAACACCCGAAAAAUAAUAGACAAAAGGCUUAUACACAGACAUAUGCAAAGAUCUGCACAUAUACAUCCACAUUAGCAAGCAAUAAAAGGGAACUUGUAAGUAAAGCAGAAUUUGUGAGGAAUCUCUGAAAGACUGAUACCAUAGGGAAUUGGAAGAGCAAACAGUGCAAAAGCACAUGGGAAAGUGCUGCCACAAAAAUAGGAUCAUCAAAGGUGCUCUAGACCCGGAGGGAAGGGAAAUGGUGCAGGACAAUUACCUAGAUUCUGAUAGGAUGAUUACACAUGCCAGCUUCUCAGCCAGUCUUUGAGAUUAUCUGCCUUAAUAGGUAACAAUCUGAGUCUUGGGACAGAGCAAUGGAUGGGUAGACAAAGCAAUGCCCAAGUGCCUCAUUUUGAAAUAUGUCCUGCCCAUCCCUAACUGCUUCUGAAAAUAGUACUGAGUGCAAAUUUCUACCCUAUCCAUGAGAAAAGGAUCUCCUAAAUAACAGUGGCAGAACAGUCUUAAUAGUGAAUAUCAACUUUAAAGGUGAGAACUCAAAGCUCCAAAAAUCUGAGUAUCAACACCAUAAAAAAUGAAGUACAAAUGAACCAUCUCAAAAAACUGGAUUCACAGAAUACAAGUAAGUCUUAAAAACAGUGCCGAAAGAAACAGGCAAAAGGUUCCUUUAGAGAGACCUCAGAAAUGGAAAAUAAAAUUGUUCAUAUUUAGGGGCGCCUGGGUGGCUCAGUCGUUAAGCGUCUGCCUUCGGCUCAGGUCAUGAUCUCAGGGUCCUGGGAUCGAGCCCCGCAUCAGGCUCCCUGCUCCAUGGGAAGCCUGCUUCUCCCUCUCCCACUCCCCCUGCUUGUGUUCCCUAUCUCGCUGUGUCUGUCUCUGUCAAAUAAAUAAAAUCUAAAAAAAAAAAAAAAUUGUUCAUAUUUAAAAACAACCAUCAAUAAUUGGGCUAAGUAACAGAAUGGACAUGGCUGAACAUGACAAUCAGUGGGUUGGCAGAGGAAUUGUACAACUCAAACAGUGGUCGAAAAUAUGGGGGGAGAGAAGGGCAAACCAAAAUGGGGCAACAGAACAGAAUGCAAGGCAAUGUUGAAAUGAUAGACAAAAAUUUUUCCAUAAGAUUUCAAUAACUCAUUUGAGUGUCAAGUGGGGAAAAGAAAUCUGAAUCAUACAUCACAACAAAGAUAUCCUAAAAGUUACCAGAAAAGGGGAUAAAAGGAUUGCUGCAAAGUAAUGAAGAUCAAAUUGACAAAGCAAAACUAGCUGCUGGAAAACAGAACAGUGACUUUAAGGAACUCAGGGAGGUAUUGAGUGCCCAACUCUGUUUCAGCUCUGGUCGUGAUCUCAGGUUGUGAGAUCAGCACAGAGUCUGCUUGGGACUCUCCCUUUCCCUUUGCCUCUCUUUCUCUCAAAUCUUAAAAAAAGAAAAAAGAGCUCAGGGAAAAUAGAAUUCUAAGAUGGUCCCUAAGAUUUCUUACCUCCCAGAAGAAUGCAGAGAAAGAUGUUAAAUAUAAAUAGAAAACAAAAUGAACUGGCAGUCAUAAUUCCAAACCCCAAGAAAGGGGUAACUAGAAUUGUGAGAGGUUUUAAAGUGUAUAAUAAGCCUCAUACAUGCAGGGGUUCCAAUAAUGUCCUCUCUUUUGUUUUAGUGGAAACAUUUCUGGAGUAUUUUAAAACAUUCCAGUCAAUUCGCUCUUCUCUUCUAAAAGCAAGUCACCACCUUUCUUGUUUUCUAAAAGCAAAUACUUUUUUGAAGAAACUUCAACCUUCCCUAAGGUGGUACUUUUUACUGAAUUUUACUUGAGUUUUCUUUAUGCUUAUUUUUCCAUAGUAUCUUGUAAGGUUGCAACGGACUCUUGAAACCGUAGGAAAUACAUGACAACUCAAGAUCAAACUACACAUUCUCUACCUCCUCAUAACCCUCUGAGCCUUUCAGUUCUUGCUCUCCAAAAUCCUCUCCCAGAUUCUAUCCUAAAACACACCUUGACACGGUAUCUCUCCUAUCUCCUGCCUUCCCUUUCUUCCCUUUCAUUUAUUCAUUAACUUCAGAGAGAGCUAAUUACACACCAGGCACCGUGUUAGGCCCUGGGAACACUGGUGAGCACAGUCAUGAUCCUUGCCGCUAAUGGAGUUGAUAGACAUUAUCUCAACUGCUACCAACGCGUAACAGAAAAGAGAAGUACUAUUUAGAGAAGUUAGUGGGAGUAUAUAACAGCUCUAGGAAAAGUACCCAGGCAAAGUGAUAGAUUUCAAAGAUGAACAGAAAUCGCUGAUGGCAAGGGGAAGGAAGAGAGAAUGGUACGUACAAAGGCCCAAAGCAACAGGGAGCCAGAUAAAUUUGACAAUGGAACAGCAGUUAGUAUAGAGUAAGGAAGUAUAGUGAAAAAGAACCACGAACAGGUAGGAGUCAUCCUAGGUACGUAGGGCUUUAGCGGUCUCCUAUAAUAUUCCCUCUGUCACACAUUUUAAGGAAUGGGGGUGGGGAACAGGUGUGACGUAGGCAGGUUUACAUUUUCCAAAGAUCACUAGCUACAGGGAUUGGAGGGAAAUAAUUGAUUAGGCUAUUUCAGUAUCGAUAAGGGAUCAUUAGAUUGGCCUCUGAAAGUGGUAGAAAUGAAGACAGGAGCAUGUUUGAAACAAAUGAGUUAAGAUCAUACUGAUAAUGGGUUUAGAUACGAAGAAGUGUAGGUGGAGAAGCCUGAGCCCUAGGUUUUGGCUUGCUUGUGUGGGUUGUGGUGCCACUGUUCCUCUCUCAUCUGUCCACUCUAAAAAAUAAACUUCAUUUUGACAUAAUUUCAGACUAACCGAAAGCUUGCAAUAGUAAAAAGAAGUCCCAUAUACCCUUUAUUCAGAUUCCACAAAUGUUAAGUUUAUCUUAUUUGUUUUGUUUUUCUGAACUCCAGUGAGAUUAAGUUGCUGACACAAUGUCCCUGUAAAUUUGUCAACAUGUAUUGUCUUACAUAGCCACACAACUAUCAAAAUCAAAUUUAAUACUAUUAACUAUGGACCAAUUAUUCCUAUAAUCUUUUUUUUUUUAAGGUUUUUAUUUAUUUGAUACAGAAAGAGCACAAGUAGGCAGAGCGGCAGGGAGAGGGAGAAGCAGGCUCCCCACUGAGCAGGGAGCCUGAUGCGGGGCUCGAUCCCAGGACCCUGGGAUCAUGAUCUGAGCUGAAGGCAGACGCUUAACCGCUUAACAGUCGGUUAAGCGGUUAAGAGUCCAUAGUUGUAAAUUUGUUCAUUUUAACCGACUAAGCCACCAGGCGCCCCAUAAUGUUCUUUAUAGAAAAUUCUGUUCAUUCUGCAUUUAGUUGUCAUGUGUCUAAAGUUUUCUUGUAUCUGAAAUAGUUCCACUGUCUUGUCUUUCAUGACUGCAUAUUUUGAUGAGUACAGGCCCUUAGUUGGCUUUGCCUGGUAUUUCCUCAGAAUUGGCAACUAAUCAUUUACUCUUCAAACCACUACAAUUUGUCUUUGCCCUACUUGUUACCUGAGUCAGCUGUGCAUUCUUAAAAUUCUUCUGGACAACAGAGGAUAAAUAAAAGCUCUGUGACAAAGCACACAAACAUCCAUCUACUUACCUUCACACAAUUUACCCUAUAAUACCAGGCAUUUUGUAUAUACUUGAAUACAUCACAGUUUUAUGUCUCCAUGACAAAUCACGUUUGUUUUCAUUUUAAAAUCAAUAUGGGCCAACAGCAUUUGAACCACCUAGGACUUGUUAGAAAUGCAGAAUCAGACCCCAUUCCAGACUUACUGAAUCAGAAACUGCGUUCUAACAACAUCCCUCAAGUAGCUUGUUUGCACGUAAAAGUUUGAGAAACAAUGAUUUGGAACACUUUACUCUUCUUCCUCUAAAUUCCAGUCAAGUAUUUAAAGCCAUACUUGGCAUCACCAUCUUUCUGGAGUUCCUCUUGCCCUCUCCCCAUUACUCUUACCCCUCCCUUCCUCUUGCCUUCCCCUAGGCAGAGUUACAUACUCCCUCUUCUUUUUAGACUCUUUUUAUCAUAUCUGUGGCCACAUCAUUUUAAUAGUUUGUGUGUCUGCUUCCUCUUAUUACAUUAUAAUUUCUUUGAUUCCCUGUGAUUCACUUUUGAGUCUUUAGUCUGCCUAGUACAGAGUAAGUGGUCAAUAAAUGUUGAACUCUAGUUUUAUUUAAUUCUACAGAAAUCACUAACAACAAAUAAUAAUGACCAGUAUUUCAGACAUGGUUACAUAGGAUGAAAUCUAAUUAAUGCUUAAUUAUUUGGGUUGGGAGUGGUAGGGAAAGUAAAUAAGGGCAGAGAGAUUGGGAUACAAUAGAAUGUACUUCAUUGAUUUGCCUAAUAAUAUUGCAGCAUUCAUCUCAAAUAUAUUCUGUUCCGAGCUCUUAAUUCCUCCAUUACUAGCAUGUCAUUACAUUAUUGAUACGUUACUAUUACUUCUGUGCCUAACACAUUUACACUGCCCUUUUUUAAAUUUCAGAUAAAUAACAACAUUAGAAAUAAUAUAAUCACCUAAUCUCACUUACCUAACAGCAUAUAAUUUCAUUUUUGUAUAUUCCUUUUAGUGAAACAAAUGCAUACAUUUCAUAUUCACAUUUCAAAUGUAAUUUCAUUUAAAUAUAUGUACAACUGUAUUUUUCAUAUUUGAUUAAUUCACUCAUUGUUAUUUUUUCAAAUGGUUACCUAACAUUCUUCUGGUUAGAGAUAAUAUCAUUUAACUAUCCCCUAGCUGUUAGAGCUAGUUGUUAUCAUCAUGAUAUUCCUAUUAUGGUUAUUCUUAAAACAAUCACCUUCAUGCAUGCAUUUUUUCUUUUUUUAAAAUUAGUCUCAGUAUAAAUUACAAGUAGACGAAUUGUAUCAUGAAAAAGUAUUUGAACAUAACCCUAUAUUUUCCUGUAUUUCUUCAGUCUUUUUUCCCUAAGCAUAGACAACAGCUCCUUGUCCUUAGUGCUUUCAAUUCUUUAAAAACUUUUUACUGUGGAAAAAUUUCAACAAACACAAAUGAAGAAGAGAAGAAUAAUCUCCCCUAUACCUAUCAUUCAUUAUCAACGAUUACAAACUAGUGACCAAUCUUGUUUCAUCUCCCCAACAUUUUUUUUUUUUUGCUUACCUAUUUUUUUUAAAUUUUUUUUUUAAAGAUUUUAUUUAUUUAUUUGAGAGAGAGAAUGAGAGACAGAGCACGAGAGGGGAGAGGGUCAGAGGGAGAAGUAGACCCCCCGCUGAGCAGGGAGCCCGAUGCGGGACUCGAUCCCGGGACUCCAGGAUCAUGACCUGAGCCGAAGGCAGUCGCUUAACCAACUGAGCCACCCAGGCGCCCUUUUGCUUACCUAUUUUAAAGCAAAUCCCAUCUACAGAUAUGUGAGCUUGAAUUUCUAAGAAACAUAAAGUGUGUGUGUGUGUGUGUGUUUAUAUAACCACAUGCAUUAUUACAUCUAACAAAGUUCAUUAAUAUUCAACAGCCAUGUGUGUUCAAAUUUCAUUAUCUCAAAAAUUGUGUGUAUGUGUACAGCUGAGUUGUUCAAAUCAGGAUCCCCAAAAGACCCACACAUUGCAUUUGGUUGGUAGAAGAAUGAACAUUUUUACAUGGUUAUAAUCAUACCAUACACAGAAGUAAAACAUGUUUGUCCUUUUCUAUUACUUGACAUUCUUUGAUGUUUCCAUCCUUACAUGAACUUUAAAGAUAUUUUUAAAAGUUGCAUGUUCCACUGUGUUAACCAUAUCUCAAUUAUGCUCUUUAAGUUGUUUCUAAUUUUUCAUUAACACAAAUAAUGGUAAAAUGAAUAGAUUUGUAAAUAAAGGUGGUUUUAUAUUAAGCAUUAGGCUAGGUUACCAGAAAUGGAUUUACUGGGUCAAAAUACAGUUAACACUUUAGUAAACAUUUGCACAAGUAAAUAGUUAUUUUUCCUCAAUGAGCUUAUUUAAAGAAUACAUAGUUUAAAGGCAUUGUAAUUAAUUUCACAGUACUUCCCAAAAGGUCUGUAUUCUUAAUGCUAUCUAAAAUAUUUGAGGGUCCUCUUUUUACUAUACACAUCUUGCCAGAAUUGAUGAUUAUAACAUUUAAAUGUCCUAAUGUAAUCAGAAAAAAUAGUAAAUAUUUAGCAGAGUGUCUACACAUAAGCACUCAGUAAAUGUUACUUAAGAUUAUCAUUUUCAUUAUCAUCAUCAUUAAAUACAUCAGUUUUUUUCUUCUAAUUCUUUUAAGACAGCACUUUUAACAUUUAACUCUUUAAUCCAUCUGGAAUGUAUUUAAAAUAAAUUUAAGAUGGAUGAACAUUAAUGUGCUGUAUGAGGUAGAGAUCUCUUUUUUUCCCCAAAAAGUCAUUGUUUAAUCCACUGAUUUUAGAAGAAACUUAGUUGUUUAAAACAUGGACUCUGAGCCAGACUGCUUGGACUUGAAUCCUGACCCUAUCACUACUCAUAUGUGACUUUGGGAAAAUCAGUCAAGGAAGAAAAUCAUUAUACUCACUUUAUAGGGCUGUACAGAUUAAAGCAAUCAACAAAUAUAAAGCCCUUCAACCAGUAGUGGCAUGUAAGGAAUGCUUCAUAAGAAUUAUUGUUAUUACUUAUUGAUGAGGCCAUCCUUCCCACACUGAUAGGAAAAACCACCUUUUUAUCAUAUAAUGGACAGUUGGGACUGUCUCUAGGAUAUUUAGUUUCCUAGAUCUGACUUCCAUCAAUACCACAAUAAAAUAAUGAUUAUAGCUUUACAAUUUUGCUACCUGGCACCUCCUUCUUACUGAUCGUUUAAAAAUUUUAUUAGCUAUUCAACAUUUAUUCUCUCAGAUAAACUUCAGAAUAACUUUGUUCCAAAAGAAAAGAAUACCAGAAUGCCUGGGUGGCUCAGUCGGUUAAGCGUCUGCCUUUGGCUCAGGUCAUGAUCCCAGGGUCCUGGGAUCGAGCCCCACAUCAGGCUCCCUGCUCAGCGGGAGGCCUGCUUCUCUCUCUCCCUCUCCCUCUGCUUGUGUUCCCUCUCUCGCUGUGUCUCUCUAGUCAAAUAAAUAAAGUCUUAAAAAAAAAAAAGAGUUACAUUAUAAAUUAAGCUGGGGAAAAAUAACAUCUUAAGUUCCAAUACUGUCUUUUUUUUUUUUUUUUUUUAAAGUGGGCUCCCUGCUGGGUGUGGAGCCCAAUGUGGGGCUUGAACUCAUGACCCUGAGAUCAAGACUUGAGCUGAGAUCAAGAGCUGGACACUUGACUGAGCUACCCAGGCACCUCAGACAAUACUGUCUUCUGAUAGGAACAGGGUUAUUUCUCUCUAUAGGCACAUAUUCUUGUGUUCCUUAGUAAACUUUUUAAGUUUUCUUCAUGUAGGUCCUUACUAAGUUUAAUUAAUCCUAGAUAUUUUAUAUUUUCAGUCAGUGUGUCUAGUAUAAUUCUUUUACAUAUUCUAACUGGUUAUUACUGGUAUUUAUAAAGGCUGAUUUUUAUAAAUUUAUUUUAAAAUCUACUUUUUAGAACUCCAAUUCUAACAGGCAUUGAGUUGAUUCUUGAGUUUUUGAGGUAGAUGAUUAUUUCAUCUGGAAGUAAUUUUUCUUAGUUUGUAUGACUUUUUUGAUAUUAAGAAGAUUUUCGCUUUAUAGACAGUCAAAACAUGUUGAUGUUUUUCUUCUGAUUGUUUCCAAACACAAUGUCCCCGCCCCCAUUCAUAAUACUCAUAACUAUUUCAUUAUAAUUCUUCUAGUUUUAUUUUGUAAUUUUAGUGUUUUAAUUCUUCAAAUUCUUGGAACCAACUACAAUUUAUUCUAAUACAUGGUAUGAAACAAGUAUGUAAACAAAAUUUCCCCCAAAAGACUAACAGUACUAACAAUACUAUUUAUUGAAUAGUUCUCCAUGUUCUCAUUGAUUUACAAUUCUUCCCUUAUAUAAUAAAGUAUAAGCUAUAUAGUCUGCUUCAUGGAUUUACUUUCCUAAAUGUAUACAAAAUCUAUGCUAAUAACUAUUACAGAUUUUUGUUAUGUUUCCAUGUGCGGCUAGGACAGAUUGUCUUAAUACUUUUUCCAGCAGUUAGUUUUGUAUUUUCCCAUUUAUUCUUCCCAAUGGGCUUUACAAUUAUUUUGUUAAGUUAACCAAAUUCUUUUAGAACUUCAAGUUACAUUGCAUUAAACAUAUAAACCAAUAGGAAGAAUUGAUAUCCUUAUUAAUCCUAUCAUCUAGGAAUGCUGUAUUCUCCAUGUGUAUUUAGAUUUCCUUUUAUAUUUAUCAAUGAUAUUUCAUAAUUUUCAUUCUAUAAGUAUCACCUUUCUUGUUAGGAUCACUCCUGUGUAUUUUCUACAUGUGUGUGUAUAUGUGUGAUUUAUAAAAAGUGAGUAUUAAAAAUUAAGGAUUUACAUCUUGUUCCUUUGUUAAAUUUUAUUUCCUUAGAAAGCAAAAACAGUAUCUGAAAGAUGAAAAAGGCAUAUAAAGUAUAAGAUUUGUAAAUGACAUACCAGGUGAUGGAGAUAUGACACAGUCUCCUAUAAAUUUAUUUUCAGCAAGAUCUCCUUUUAUUUCAGUCUUUUUAAACAGUGUUUCAAAGUGAAAAUGAAGAGGCACAUCUGGAAAAAUAAAGUAAAAAAAAGUACUUUUAGUGAAUAUCAUUUUUUAUAGAUUCUAAUACUAAGAUUGCUUUCUUUCUCUAAGUAGCACAUAAGCUUAGAAAAAUAAGCAAAAACUUGAAAUGUUACAACUAUCAGAAGUGGCAAAGUACUCUCUCCAAGCAUACAGACAGCAGUGAUUAUAUGCACUAAAUAAACAAAAACUCUAAUGAUGAAUAAGUUCAUAAACCAAAAUAAUAGAUAAGAUGAUCAAAAUUGUAAGUAUUAGUAAGUACUAUUCCCAGAUAAAACAAAUGUAUCCAAAGGUCUUGAAUAAAACAUACAGCCAAACCUAGCUGACUUAUUCAUUCCACCCCACCCCCACAAACUUUACAUUUGAAAUAAUGAGGUUUCUGAAAGAUAUGUUUUAAUUACCUGAGGGAAAACCAUUAUAAUUCAGAUGCUACCUUUGAUGAAAACACCAAGUUUCACAUUCCCUUAGUUUACUAGUAUUAUGAAUCACAGAAUAUACUUUUACAAAGAUUAAAACACAUUUACAGACUAGCUCUCUUCCUUUAAAUAGACUGAGAUGUCAAUUCACUAUAUUUAUAUUCUAUAUUCUCACAACCAAAAGAGGAGCUAAAUAAUAAAGUAGAUGUGCUUCACAUUUAUUAAAGUUUUUUCCUCAAUCAAGAAUGCAAAAACAAAACCAUCUUCAGAAGUAUUUAAUAGAGACACCUAAACUUCUUCCUAAGAAACAAAGAAAUAUUUUAUAAAGUAGUUGAUGUAUUGAAAGUUUUGCUACUGAAAAAAAACUAAUUAUGAACACAUAAAUCAGAACAGACCCAUAACGGGUCUGGAUUUUAACCAAAAAAGUAUCUCUCCCUCAAAUGAUAUAUUUUAAUAACAGAUCCAUACUCAAGUGUGGAAAAAUACACUUAAAAAAAAAAAAAGUUCAUGAGUUUCAACAUGGAGUCUAUCCCAAAGGGACAGAACAGAGGUAGGAAAGAUUAGUCCUAACACUAUAUACUAUGAUCAUACAAAAACUAUAAAAUGAAACUAAGAUUACAAAUUAAAUAUGUUAUUUAAGCAUUUCAGGAAUCCAGUAUUUUCCAGUUGCCAAAACUUUUAUAAGUUUAUUUCUCCAAAGAAAUACCACUUACUUUUAUAAAGAAAAUAUCACCUAUUCUACCACUGUUCCUCAUGAGUUGUGAGAAAACAUGACAUAACUAGGGAAGGCCCUUGUUCCACCCAUAUACCUUCCUUAGUACCCACACCUUUGGGCUUUUAUAAGAAUAUUUCACAACACUUUAAUACACUUAUUAGUUUACAUUUCAGUUGUCUUAAACUAGAAUGCAAGUACUUUGAGGGAUUUAUUUGUAUUUAUACUUUUAGUACCUAGUAAAUAGUAGGUAUUCAGAUUUUUAUUAAAUGAAUGCAAGAAGAAAUGAAUAACCUAAUUAAUAGGUGGGGAAGUUAAUCUUAACUUAUUGGAAGGGACAUAAGAGGAUUGAAUGAAGGAUAAUUAAUGCCAGCUCUCAGGGUUAUAUCAGAGAAACAAAUGUAGCAGGAGAAAACAGAAAGGCAGUGAAGAGUAAAGGUUAGGAGUGUGGCUCUGGAGUAUGACUACCUCACAUCAAAUCCUGCCUCCAUCAUUUACUAGCUGUAUGAUCUUAGAAUAGUAAGCUUCAGUUUUCUUGUAUGUAAGAUAAAGAGGAAAACUGGAAGAAUUAAACAAGAAAAUGUAAUGUGCUUACAGGUAUGCUAAGCCCAAAUGUUAGCUGCAUUACCAUUGUUAUAUUUAUUAUUGUUUCUUUCUAUUAUUAAGCUUUCCUCAAAGAUGGGAACAUAGUUCCUGCCAGGAACUUAAUUCUUUUUUUUUUUUUUUAAGAUUUUAUUUAUUUAUGUGACAGAGAGAGACACAGCGAGAGAGGGAACACAAGCAGGGAGAGUGGGAGAGGGAGAAGCAGGUCUCCCACUGAGCAGGGAGCCCGAUGCGGGGCUCGAUCCCAGGACCCUGGGACCAUGACCUGAGCCGAAGGCAGAUGCUUAACGACUGAGCCACCCAGGCGCCCCCAGGAACUUAAUUCUAAGUAUGGUGUAGCUAAGAAACUACUCAAAAAUUGGUAAGAAAACAAAGAUUCAGGAUUCAGGGCAGGAAUAGGUACAGAAAAUAGUGCUUUACAAAGAGGAGCAGUCCCUGGAUGAUAAAAACCAAAAGCUGAAAAGGAAACAAAAGCCCAUUUGAGAUGUCUUCCCUUAAAGAGAAGAACCUGAGAUAACCAGUGUGAAGACUGUUUCCUUUUUUACCCUAAUAUUUACUUCAGUUCAAUACAGAAACAACUGGAGGGGUGCCUGGCUGGCUCAGAGAGCAUGCAACUCUUGAUCUUGGGGUUUUGAGUUUGAGCCCCCCAUUGGGCAUAGAGAUUACUAAAAACAAACAAACAAAAACCCCCAAAACUUAAAAAAAAAAAAAAGAACAGGAACGGUUCCAACAAAAACCAAGAACUAGAAAGUUAAAGGGAUGUGGGCCUAUACAUGCCUCAUUCACUCAGUUACAGAUUACAGAUUUUCUUGAAGUUCAAAAGAUGACUAUACCUAAAGAUGGGCAAUUUCUUAUCCCAAAGGAACUCAAUGCUGAUUAUAAGCAGAGGAAUAUUAUAUAGCAGAGAAAACUCCAUGCAAAACAACAUAUUAGGAAAGAAAAGGAAUAGGAAAGACUUACUGAGAAACAUUUCAAUGGCAUAGUCACUUUAUCAAUAAAAUUCUAAAUUUUAACACUGAAAAGAUCAAAAGCUAGUUAUUUCCCAAUAUAACUCAAAAUGGUUUCCAAGGAAUUUAAGAAUCAACUUGCAAAAGUAGAAUAUUAACUCACAGGAUUAAUUCCUCUAUGAAAACUGUUUAGUUCUAAUAUCCAGUGGCAAAAUAAUUGAUAAAAUUUUUAUUAGAUUCCUUUUAUCUAUAGGAUUAGACUUCACCACAGAAUAUAUUCACAGUUUACUUAGAAAUUUUUUUAUAAGUAGGCUUACCUGAUGGCAAUGAUAGGACAGAAUGGAAAGAAGAGUCCAAUUCUGAUACAUGUUCUCUUAAUAUCUGAGAUUUUGAAUUGUGUUCACAGCUACUCCAAGUUGAAGCUGAUUGCAAGCAAGGCAUUUGUGUAGUAUUUAAAAAUGUUGUUUCUUUUGAAGGCAAAGUCUGCAAGGAAGAAAAAAAAAGACUUCAUUUUUGCUUAAAAACUGAAUCAGAGAGGAUGUAACAGUUAUAGAGUACAGUAUCUGAAUGGUACUAGAAAGUCCUGGCUUAAUAAAUCACCUUGGAGAAAAAGCUUGAAAAUGACAGAGGGUUUAUGAGAGAAGUUAUUAAAGGCCAUAAAUGUGAUGAGAUUUUACUAAUCCCUUUUCAGUUUUUCAAAAGGAAGAGCAACGUCUGUGAAAAUGGGUCUUUCCCUCACCUUAUGAAAUCACAAUAAAGAGAAAUGAGUUUGAGGAAUGUUGGGUUAAAAGAGAAUAGCUACAUCCCAUAUUGGUGAGAACUGUAAGAGCAGGUGCUAUGUGAAGAUUAAGAAUUGUGCAUACUGUUUUCCUCCUUGCAAUCUGUUACAGUCAGUGAAUGAAAUUUGAAUCUCUGCCUUAAAUUCCAAUGUCAGACAAUAUCUACACUGGAAUUACUGUGAAGUACUAUGAGCAUUGUACAUGUUUACAGUAAGUAAGAUUUAACUUAAUACAUUAAAAAAGAUAUGUAUAAAACACACACUAUAUAUGUUACAUGAGUUUGUGUUUCUGAAAAUAAAGUUAAAAGACUUGAGUCCAGGAAUUUUAAGAAAACCAUGUUGCUAAAUCAAAAAAAAGUUAUGUUACUACAUUAAGAAAUACAUAUUCUGUUUAAAAACUGGAUUUUAAAUUAUUUUUUCUGGUUAUAAAAUUAGUAUACAAAGAAAAGAUCUAUACAAUAGAUAAAAUACUUCAAAAAUUAAGAGAGCUCAUUUGUACUCCUUCCCUCCCCCCUAACCUCUACCUCCUAUAACAACAUUUGGACUCAUUUUCUUUUUUAAUGUAACUGAUAUUUAAAAUGCUUAUAACAACUGAGAUCUUUAGAUGCUAUUUUUAAAUGCUUUUAUUUUAUAAACUCACAUUAGGUUUUGUCAACUGUCUUGAGUUUGAGUUUCCCAGCUAACCUUGGCAUUUUCUGUGUUUCCACAGCACCUUAGGCAUUAUCUAUCUAUAACAAUAGCAUUCACCUAGAUUUCCUCUGGACUACUAUUAGUUCCCUGAAGGUUGGGACUAGAAUUUGCUCAAUCCUGUAUUCCCAGAACCAGACACAGUCUCUGACAUAUGGUUGAAACUUGAAUGCUAACUGAAUUUUAUCUUACUUGCUUUAAUAAAAAUUUAAGUGAAUACAAAUUCUCAAAUGCAUGUAUGCCUGAGACUAUUUCAUUGGGGAAAAAAUAGUUCCUGUUAACAUAUGCUAAAAUUUAUCAUGUAGUGACUUUUGUUUACAUUCCAUUAGCCAAGCCCUAGGUCAGACAGUUAUACCUAGCUGCAAGGAGGGUUAGGAAAUGCAGUCAUUCUGAGAGGUCAAGUAAACUGCUGAGUUUUUAUAAAAAGAUAUCACAUGUUUAUACAUGAUUAUAAUAGUGUGAGUCAUUUCCAAGAUUUAUUCUAAUGAUGUUUUAUGUAUAUACUUAUGAGAACAGUUGCUGUUUCUUACCUUUACAAGAUACACUGGUUCUCUGGACUCACUCUAGAAUUAUUUGCCCUUUUAUGAUAUACUUCAGAAAGGUAUAAAAAAUAUUUAAAAUUACAAAGAAAAAAAUGUGCUAACCUCCCUUUUCCAUAUAUGGAUAGAGCAUUAUGAAUAAAAGGUGAUAAAAUCUGAAUAUUUACCAUAUAAUUAGUUUUCUCUUGCAAUUUUUCCAAAUCCAGGAAACCCAUUAGCCAAUUUGAAACUAUCCUAAAUAAUUAUGGAGACAAGUGAGGGGCAUCUAGGAAAGGCCUUUUUGUUCCCUGCAGAGAAAGUGAAGCCCAGGAGGCUGAAAAGGAAUGGAUGGAAAAAUAAGAGAAAGACCAGGAGAUUCUUGCCAAUAAAAAUCCGUAUGUCUAGAGGGUGUGAUCAACAGUACCAUAUGCUGCAUAAGAUUCAAGCAAAAUAAAGCUAAAAAGUAUCCACUAAACUUUUUAGCUCUAAUAAUGAAACAUUCCAUAUAUACAAAAGCAUAUAAUUUAUAGGGAAGGCAUAAAAUUUUAAAAAGACAACUAUACUCACCAUCCUAUUUCAAGAAACAGAACAAUACCAAUACCUUUAUGCUUUCCCCUCCUACCCUGGCCGCAUGAGCCUGUGGCAGAAAUUGCUACUUUCCUCCCAAUACCUGUGCUCUCUUUCUCUUUCUCUCUGUUCUAGAACUCCUGAUUUUCAGCUAGGCACCUUUCUCAAGCCUCCUUGGAUCUAAAAAUUACUAUACAAUGGAUACGGUCUAGCCAAAAGACCAUGAAGGGAAGUUUUCAUGUGCAACUUCCUUUUUAAGGUCACUUACUCCUCCAUUCUUCCACAUUACACUUGAUAUGUAGCUGUGGUGAUGAGCCAUCAUAACCAUGUGGAUGAGGAGCUCCAAAAAAGAGGAGCCUGGCUCCUAGAUAACCAUGUAGAACAUAACUGUCAUGCCUAGGAUAUUUUCAACCUGUUAUAAGACAAAUAAACUUGUAUCUUGUUUAUGUCACUAUGUGGGUUUUCUGUCAAAUGCAGCUGAACCUGUAUCUUAACUAACACAAUGUGCCUCCUUAAUCACAUAUUUUCUCUCAUACCUCCAGGAGUAACUGCUAUCCUGAAUUUUAAUUUUAUCAUUUCCUUGAUUUCCUUUAUAGUUUUUCCACAUGAAUACAUGUAAUUCUAUGUAACGUUUUAAAUCUGUAUGCUUUAAAAUGUAUAUAGACAGAAUACUGUUAAAUGUAUUUGCCUGCUGUAUUACCCAACAUUAUGUACAUGCAAUUCAUCAUCCUCCUGUUUAUAAAUAUCUGGAAUGUUUCUCGCUUUUUAAUAUUACGAACAAUGCUAGUAUGAAUAUCUUGUCUCCUGGUACAUGGGUGUAAGAAUUUCUCUGGAGUAUACUGCUAGAAAUGGAAUUGCUAGGUUAAAGAAACGCAUGAUUGCACACAUUCAACUUCACUAGAUGAUAUAUUGUAUUACAAAGUACUUGUAACUAAAUUUAUACUCCAAUAAAGCCGACCUUGGCUCUCACUGCUUUAGAUUCAUG